AUGGGGCAGCAUCCUUCCAAGCCGCCUUCUCAUGAGCCUACGCCCGACUCAACACAGCCCUAUCCGGUCGCAGCAUCAGGUUGGCUCAAAUCAACUCGCCGUCGCAAGACUGGCACCAGGAAUGACACGGUUGCAUCCCCAAAUCAUCGUUUCAUCCCUCAAGGGGAACGCCAAAGGUCCGCCGGUCCCAUCCGCAGUCGACCACAGCCUUCCGAGUACGGCGUCGGGAGACCCACGGGUUCGUCUGUGUUGUCUUCUGAAGAAGAACCGUGCUACCGACCCACGCUAGAGACAGCCCCAGCUGCGCUAUCUUCAGCAGCACAGACACAGCCAUCGGUACUUGUAAGAAGCACCAACAAUUCUGACGUCCAAUCACACAGACGCUGGUCAGGCCAACAUUUGACUCCUUCACUUCGUGAAUUACCUCUUCAGAGACAUGCCAUUCUGCACGAGGAUCGGACCGAUCCUAGGAGUGCGACUUCCGCUGCUUACAAAAAUAAAUCCACGAGUCAGCACCGUGUCAUGCAUCCCACCGCCACAGGACCUGCAUCAAAUGUGCGAAGAUCGUGGCCGUACCAUAGCGAUAUGCCUUCAUUCGUCGGAGAGGCCCUUACCGAUAACGACGACAAGGUGAAACACGAGCCUUCGAGAGGGCGGACAAACGUAAAAUCUCUCCCGGUUUCUUCUUUUGGGGAUCCUAUCAUGCAAUCGACCGCCACCACAUCUUUAGGCACCGACUCCAACCUAUCGUAUGCUCAUCGCAUCGGUCUCAUCGAGCUGACGAACAUCGAGCGAAGGAAGGUGGCCCCGAGCGAUCACUCGAUCUCGGGCUUGCCAGCACGAGUAGCCCAUGAUGAUCGCGAAGACACGUUGGCGCCCAGGCUAUCUUCUCAGGAUCGGUUUCAAAUGCUGCGUUCCAGCCAUUCUGGCUACGCACCUUCGUCCAACUCAUCCCUUGGCACCACUGAGGUCGAACGGCUUCGGCAAGGUCCUGAACUCAAGUUGCACCGCGACAGCAUACACGUUGUAUUCAGCUCCCAGACACCCUCCUCUCCCAGUCGAUCUCGAGCCCUGAUCGCCAAGCUGCGCGGCAUCAAGAACAGCGGCGCCGAAGAUCCAGCAGCCGAACUCAAAGAUGCAGCAACCGGGACGUCGCCUCGGGCACCGACAUUAAACAUUUCAGGCGGUCAAAGUUGCUCUCAAAGUGUCCCUCAGCUACAAUUUCCUACCAAGUCGGUCAUUUGGGAACGCCUUCCCUCGACAGCUCUGCAACAAUCACAUCCACAUGUUCCACCAGAACGACGAACAUCGCAGCCGCCACUGCAGGAACCGUGCACGCCGCUACCGCCUCGACUCGAUGAAAGACAGGAAGGGUUGUCGUCACCCAUGAGCUCCAAUUCUUCCCUCUUACUCAUGGGUGAGACGCGCUCGUCACCUCCCAGAGGCGUCGUGCGUGGACUUGCGCCGCGAGAGGCUGGAGUACAUGCUUCGAACAGAGAUGUUCCUGACACUGAUCGCCACCCGCAGGCUCGUGUCAAGCCGCCUACGCUCGAGACUGGGCAGCCUGCCCUUGUCAAAGACAGCGCUGCAAAAACUUCGACAUCUGUCAAGGCGGCCGAGGUCAAGCAAGGCGGCUUCUGGAACUGGCCUAGAAGACCUUCGGCUUCUCGCCUCUUGAACUUCGGACAAACCCGCUCUCGUUCAGGUCGCCAGCUGCGUAUUGAGAUCGAGGAUGCACCUCCAAGCCGCUUUGAAUCGCAUCCAUCACCCGUGUCGCCUCGCUCGAAGGUUGACGUGGUAGGAAUGGCCGUCAAUACUCCCUUGGCCGCUUCGAGACCGGACGUGACCGGCCCCAGCAUGGGCAGCUCGACGCGGUCUUCUUACUCGUCGCUAGCACCGCCCGUGCCACCAUCACCUCUUCCGCCCCUCCGCCGAUCUCGCAAGGGCUCCCAACAGGCACAAACCACGUUCAGGCAGGACAGAAUCGAUUCGGUAGACUCUAGCGUAGCUUCCGGCUCGACUGAAACGAGGCACGGGCGCAGCACUUACAAUCUGCAUCAUUCAAUACCCGAGGAUAGUAUUCGUCCACCACCAAGUGCAGCUGCUGUCUCGGCUGUCUCGGCUGCUUCUGAAACGGGGGCGAGCACAUCGGCAGUGGCAUCGGUGGUCGGAAAACCUUCAACAGUCGCGACGAGUCUCAGUGCAGCGCUCGAAUCACAAGAUCCAAGUAGCCCCAUCGGGCCCCUCAAGGGUACAUUUGGCGGCCAGAAAGGAUAUCUAUCGCCUGGGCCGACCGUUUCACGACCUUUAUCAGAGACUUCGGACGCUGGCACAAAAGAGAUCCUGCUUUCGGACCGGGAAUCGCUGGCUGGCCCCAAGAUGAGCUCAGAUACCUUUGCACGAGGCUCAUUCGAGGAACGACAUCCGGAUUUGAAGAGCUACUACCCUGCCAGUGCUUUUCUUUCUAGCUCAGCCAGACCUCGAUACUCGGGAACAUCACCAUCACCCCUUUCUCGCAUGCUCGAGCUGGACGGCGGAACGUCUCAGAUGCGACAUGUUGGAGCCGUUCCAGACGUCUCGGCAUCUACUGCUCCUUCACGUGUCGAUGUCAAUCUCGGCAAUGAUAAGAGCGUCGACUCACAGCGCGAGCAGCUCCCACGCUCUAGCCGGUCUUUCCAUUCUGCUCGCUCAUUCAGAUCGACGAGUGAUGCGAGCGUCCAGCCUUACCGCCCCCUGCCUGCAGUGCCGGUUCGGAAUCGUGGUAAUUCGCUAGAUCCUGCGUCCAUUCAACGCUUUUCAGGUCAAGGGCCUGGAACUUCGUUCUCUCCGGCUGAACACGUUCAGGCCAAGAGACUGGGAUAUUCCUCAGGUCAAGAGAUAGACGGCUUGCCUUCUCGCCACACGCAACCUACUUUCAUGCUGAUGGGCAUGGUGGCUGCAGCCACUUCGCCGACGGAAGCGACGCACAGUAGUCACGAUCGAAAUUCGAUCGGCGGUGAAAAUUACGCACGGCGAACUUCGAGGUCCAGCAUCGGCUCUCCCACGUCUCCUACAGCAGAGUCGCAUAAGCCAACGACGCAGACCGGAAACGCGGACGUACCUGUCAAAGUUGUUGAAGCGCAGUCGAAGCGCGCAUUUCGGCGCCCGACUUCUCUUAUCGUCCCGAGAGGUGCUCAUACAGGCCCACCUCUUUCCCCGUCCGCUUUCUACGAGAGCAGCUCUCAGAGGUUCGUAAGGCCGGCGGCAUCGCCAAUGGGUCCCAGACAGAGUUGGAGUUCUGCGGAAGAUCAGUCUUCGGCAACGGUCGUGACGCCAACAUCGACGCAAGGUCUUGUACGAGGCAUGACUUCGCCGGGGAAGGCCCAAAGCGAAGAAUCUGUGUUCGCAAAGACUCUCGUCGAGACACAAGCGCCCUCGACCAGAGUUGGGUUUGGUUACCCCUCGACUCUCACUAGGACUCCUGACGAUGUUCAAGAGGACGGGCUCUUGCAAUUGGAGAGCUCACGAUCCGGAAGAGGUAUUCUGCUGCCUUCUACGCCCUCAUCUAAAGACAUUGACCUCCCGGACAGCGUCGAGAGAGCCCCGUACGCCGAUACCGGAGUUCAGGCAAGCCUUGCUGCUCUUCGCGCUCGCGAAUCUCCUGGCGAGAGUCUAAGGACCAUUCUAGCUCGUCAACGUAUACUCGGCGAGCCGGAUGAAUCUAUGACCGAAUUCUUGCGGGAAUCCCGCGUUCUCGAUACCGAGUCCCAUUUGGAGGAAGAGGCGAUGCGGGCGGUGAGCGGACCUCGCAGGAGGAGACGGUCCGCUCCAUACCCACAAUUGAGCGGUUCGCGCUACUCAUCAGAUGAGCUUUCGUCGAGCGGCAGAAGCCUGUCAGGUUUCCGAGCCGAAGCGGCUCGAAGAAGACGUCAAAGGAACAACACGGGAAUGGCUGAUGCUUCCGGCUCUUGGGUAUCUGGGAUAGGCGGACGCGAGUCUGAUUCCGAGAGCACCAUGCUCACUGCCAUACGGCUUAGUCGUUCACGGAUCAAGGAUGCUUCUGUCCACACAGACGCUGCGGAAGAUGUAAGCGAUCGGAACGUGCACGAUACUCGACGCAAAGCGUCCGUCGCAUCUGAGACGACCGAGUUGCAGCCAGCUCGCCAGGUUGUCUCUGCUUCGUCCGUUGCUUUGCGACGAGAGAAUGUACCGCCGUUUCAGGACGCAUACCUGUACGCCGACCAGCAUGGGGAUUCUGAGCGACCCAAGCGCCCUCGCCACCAGAGGUACGUGACGGCACUUUCACAGUCCGAUCAGACGACCCCCUCAGCGCAGCAAGAUGCUCAGCUUCCCGACACAGUCGCGCCGUCGGACGCACUGCAGUCUUCGCAAGCGAACGAAGAUGGACGCGCUUAUUCGAACCCUCGUUCUGUCUCAAUGCCGCACGCGCAGACAAAGUUUAUUUCGCACGGUCCUAAGCACGGUCUCGAAGCGUCUGAUGCUCGCACGACCAAGUUUCCGGCGGAAGCACCAGACGAUCGAAUGACGCAACGCAUGCUCGCACAACGGCAGCGACAGAGAUCGCACAGCGACGCGCACACAUCCGCUUCGCGCAGCAGCAAGUUCACGUCUCGCAGAUCUGGCCGUCUAGACGAUGAAAGAAGUCGCUACGACGCCCAGAUUGAGGACCUGCUACUGCUUCGAGAAAAGGUGCUUCAGUUGGAGGCUUCGAUCAGCCGUGUACGCCAGACUGACUUGCAAGCCAGCUUCGACGACGACCAGCACGGGUCGGUGAGCUUAGAGGAUCCGGCCAGACGCUCCAGGAAAAGCUCAAUCUCCUCAAAGCGCAAGUCGAGACCGCCCAAGGUCGGAUACACCAUGCCAGACAUUGUGGCAUGGCAGGCUGGUCUAGGUGACAGCAUCGGUAGCAACCAGGCUAGCGCGAUGCCGACUUCGUCCACGGUUGCGUGA